AUGGAUAUAGAUACACCUACAACAGUGGUAGUAGUACCAAAUACAACUACAAUGACAAUGACAACUAUAGUACCACAAGUAAAGACAAGUACAAUAGUAGAAGAGAAAGUAAUGGAUGAAGAAAGAGAAACAAUGAGGGGGAAUAGAUGGAGUAUACCUACUUUGAAAUCAAAUGCACUAUAUGUUUUAAAGAAUACAUGCUACCAUAGAGGUCUCAAACCAAAGGGAAACAAGGAUGCUAUUGUCGAUAUACUCAUCAAAGAUAUUAUACGAGAGAAUGGAGAAGACCAUUUCAAAAAGAUUGAAGCAUUGGAUACGUAUGGUCAUCCCGAGCUUGGCAAGUUCCACACGGCCAAAGAUAUGCGUGCCGCUGCUGAAAGGUCGGGUGUAGCGGUGACCUAUCUAGACACACGAUCACAGUUGUACGACAAGAUGCUUGGCAAGUUGAUCACACCGUUUGCCAAUAUACAAGACCCAUUUAAAUUGAUCCCAAAUGUUGGACCGCGUACUCAAUACCGAUCCUGCGCUAGAGACGUAUUGGAUGCGUUGGAAGUUGUCUCUGGCGACCGUCUCGAAAUGGGUGUACACGUUGGUACGUGA